CGUACAAGUUGAUCGUCGACACCACUUAUUGUGCCUUGUAAACUUGGAGAAUUCACGGUAUGACUUCACUGUCUGACUAUACAAGUGCUCGCUCAUUGAAUGGCGACUGGAGACAUUUAUCAAGCAAGUGCUGAUCGACAUGUGACUGCCACCGUUGCCAACUAAAAUCCCAGAAGUGCCUUACCGGGUCAGCAAGUUAUGGUGAAGCUCAAAUGAGCGAAAUACAGAGACCCAAAGUGCAUUCUUGUAAGUAGCAAUAGAAAUGUUUGUUGCAACCUGCUACUCUGCUCCCGACCCCGCGACUGAAGGCGCUCAAGACUUGCCGGCUCAGCCAUGCAUGUCCGAGGACAGUCCGUGUGCCGUGGGAAGGGAACGAGAGAUUGAGAGAGACCCUUUAUUGGAGGGAGUGAACGUAGAGACCAUCAUCGGCAGUGCGCCUCAGUGGCCAGCGGAGUGGCCAUCCAAUGAACCCGGUCUACCAGUGACCCUGCAGAAACCUCCCAGUGACUCCAUAGUGACACCUGAAAGAAUGCCGAGUCACUCCGAGGCGAGCCCGUCUUCGGUCUCCGCCGUAGUUCCGGCCAAUGGUGCGACCAGAUUGACCUUUCUGAAGUGCGUCGACAGUUCCGGCAGGGUGCUACUUCUCCCGACGGCUAGUCCGUCCAACGGCACCAGAUUUCUUGCUACCAGCAUGGCGUCAUGGGCGACGAAGAACGACGCGAACACGUCAACUUCCUGCACGGUCUCCACCGGUCGGCAACUGUCACCUGCACCAGCCUCCUCCGUGGCAACAACUACUGUGCAUCCUGCCGUAACUCAGGCGGUGGUACCUACAACGGGUCUCACGGUGGCACAUGCAGCGAUGCCUAUGGCUGCGGUCGGCUCAGCUCCAGUUGGCUCGGCUCCAGUCGGUCACCGUCGGCUCACCGUCGGCUCAAAAACCUACGCUGCUGUUGUCCUCCGCACUUCGAAUGGCUCGGAUGACCGGAUACUGCUCAUUCCUUCGAGCUCUCCGAAGCCAAAGGGGCCGGUGGUGGCGUCUGGUUCCAGCUUGACCUCAGACGGUAGCCUGCAAAAUGUGUCGGAGGGGACACCAGGAAAGUCACCGCUGGCGACACCACAGUCCGUAGUCAGCGAUGAGGGGCAACGCAAGCACCUCUGGGAUCCGCCGGACUUUAUGCUGGAAACAAAGGCGCUACAAGAGAGGCUGAGCUCGAUAUGGUUAAGAGACUUCCAAGAGCUGGACCAGGCGAUUGUUGCAGUCGCAUCACUCUUCCCCCUCGUCUGCAGCCACCGAGUCCGGAGAUUGGCAUGUUUUCCAUUUGCUGCCGUGGACAGCGACACCUACCUGAAGUGGCCGACGCCCAAGCAGAGGGCCUCCGAGUGGCUGCGGGCGUCUGAUGUGAGGAGGGUUCUGAGGAAAAAGAUGGGCGAGCAGCGGCCGGUGAGCUGGGCUUGGUCCAAGGAAAUGAUAACGAGGAAGAAGAUCAUGCUGCUCUGUCGUAGUCGGGGGCUCGUGCCAUCGGCUUCCGCUGCUGACCACCUGCAAGCAAAAGGAGAUGUGAUUUCGGCACGGCCUAUUCCAACGGGCAAGCAGCCGCUAGAGCACCAGCAGUCCUCGACGACCUUUCCCAACAAGAACAAACUUACUCCAGACGCUUCAAGCGGCCCCUCGGGUGACCCCGACGUUUCCUCCGAAUCCUCAAGAUCCAGGCAACGCCCUUCCACCGCGGAACUCCACGAGUGUGAGUACUGCUUAGCCGUGUUUCCAAAACGCAACAGCCUGGAGCGCCACGUGGCCAUCCACACCGGCGACACGCCCUACGAGUGCCGCUUUUGCCCCAUGUCCUUCGCAAACAAGGACGACCUCACGAAGCACGCCCCGUCACACGCGGGCGAACAUUCGUUCAAUUGUAGCGUCUGCGCGAAGAGCUUCCACACGAGGGCACAGCUGGUCACCCACAGGCUCUCCCACACCCCCAAAGGGCCACACGGAUGUCCAAAGUGCUCCGCUUCGUUCUACCUCAAGUCAUCCUUUGACGCUCACCUGAAGUACCACGUGCCCCACCAGUGCAGCCUUUGCUCCGCGUCGUUUUCUGGCGAGGACGAACUGGCGAGGCACGCCCGGUCACACGUGGGUGAGCCUUUGUUCAAGCGCGGUGCCUACGCGGCAGGGUUUCACACGGGGGCGCUGCGCAGCGUCCCUAAGAUCGCCCACACCUUCAAAACGAUGCACAAGUGUCCGCGGUGUCCGCGCACCUUCUCCCUCAGGUCAUCUCUGGACGCGCACUUGGAGUGCCACUCGCUCCACAAGUGCCGUUUCUGUCCAGUGUUCUUUGCCGAUGAGGCCAGCCUGGCGAGGCACGUGUGCAGCCGGAAGAGACACGUCCUCUGGCGGUCGCACGUCAAGAAACAUCCGUUUGUGUGUAACACCUGCGCGGCGCGCUUCCGUACGAUGACGGAGCUGGUCGUCCACGGGCUGACCCACGCUUCCAAAAAGCGGCACAGGUGUCCGCAGUGCACCUCCUCCUUCUACCUCAGGUCGUCUCUAGACACACACCUGAGAUGCCACACGUUCGAGAGGUCGUUUGCCACCUUGUAGUGAACUCGCGUGGCUCGGGCAUCGUCGCCGGGGCGUCGCUUGGGCACAUUCGCCGGCUAAUCGGUGUCACGUGGCUGGGGCGCCUUUGCCGGCUGAUUGGUGCUGCGUGGAUCAGGCACCUUCACCGGCCAAUCGGUGCCGUGCGACUCGGGCGUCUUCGCCGGUCCAUCGGUGCCGUGUGGCUCGGGUACAUUCACCGGCAGAUCGUUGUCGCGUGGCUCAGGCACCUUCGCCGGCCAAUCGGUGUCACGUGGCUCAGACAUCUUCGCCGGCCGAUUGGUGUCACGUGGCUCAUGCACCUUCGCCAGCUGAUCGGUGUCGCGUAGCUCAGGCAUCUUCGCCGGCCGAUUUUGUGCCGCGUGGCUCAUGCACCUUCGCCAGCUGAUCGGUGUCACGUGGCUCAGGCAUCUUCGCUGGCCGAUUGGUGCCGCGUGGCUCAUGCACCUUCGCCAGCUGAUCGGUGUCAUGUGGCUCAGGCACCUUCGCCAGCCGAUUGGUGUCGCGUGGCUCAGGCACCUUCGCCGGCCAAUCGGUGUCACGUGACUGGCAUUUUUGCCGGCCAAUCGGUGCCGUGUGGCCCAAGCACCUUUGCCAGCCGAUCGGUGUCGCGUGGCUCAGGGACCUUUACUGGCCGAUCGGUGUCACGUGGCUCAGGCACCUUUGCCGGUUGAUGGGUGUCGCAUUUCUCUGUGAUCGGCAGGCUCGCAACGGCAUCCGAGAGUCUGCAUAAUUCCGCCGAGGAAGGCCGCCGCCUGUGCGAGGUGGCCCGUUUGCCCCAGGAGGAGAAUUUGGGGGGUGUGCGCACAACCCUCGCAUGUGCCUACAGUCUCCAUGCUCCCUCAUUGACAUCUGGCAUCUGAAGUUGCACACUAAGAUGCACCAGUGAAAAUGUAUGUUAAGAUGCUUCUGUGAGGAUGCAUAUUAAUAUGCACCUGUGAGUAUGCACAUUAAGGUGUAUCUUUCAGAAUGUACCUCUGAGGACCUGUUAAAAUGAUCAAAGCAGAUGCACCUGUGCAGUCUGAAGGACCUUAAUGCAGACGUAUGCUGAAGUGAUUUUGCGCGGAUGCACAUUAAAAAGAAACAUCAUGCAGUAAAAUAGAUAGGUGGCUUAGUUGGUACAUGUUUAACUUGUAAAGUGCCUAAAAAACGAGGGCACAAGGAUAAAGAGACAGGACCAGUUGGCUUAGUUGGUACAUGUUUAACUUGUAAAGUGCCUAAAAAACGAGGGCACAAGGAUGAAGAGACAGGACCAGUCAGGAGCUUGAAUCUGUGUACAAAUAGUAAUUGUUCAAUAAACAUUCAGUUGUAAGUUAGCACUUGGUUUUGUCUCUUCUUCCUCGUA